UCACUACGUCGCCGGUAAGCGGUGACGUGGCUGCUGGGGAAGCUCUUCCCGGUUGUUGUGCCAAGCUCCUCCGGGCUCCUCCAUUCACUGGAGAUACCUGUGCCACAAAAAAAAAAAAAAAAACUAACCUGUGCAAACUAACAGCCGAGCAGUUUGUCGUUUUGUGUGUUGUUUAAAGAGGUAGCUGGUUGAAUUAGCCGCUGACUGCUGCCAGCCAUGGAGACGUAUGGCAACUCGCACAAGAAACAGAAGAUAGGCAACGCUGCCGCGAACUGGGGAAUGCAACGUGCAACUAAUGUCACCUAUCAAGCUCAUCAUGUCAGCCGAAACAAGCGUGGGCAGGUUGUGGGCACAAGAGGAGGGUUCAGAGGAUGCACCGUUUGGCUGAGUGGUUUGUCUGGUGCAGGGAAGACUACAGUUAGCAUGGCUCUGGAGGAGUAUCUGGUGUGUCAUGGUAUCCCCUGUUACACACUGGAUGGGGACAAUAUCCGUCAGGGGCUGAACAAAAACCUAGGCUUCAGCCCAGAGGACCGUGAAGAGAACAUAAGACGCAUUGCUGAGGUGGCCCGGCUUUUUGCUGAUGCUGGGCUGGUCUGCAUCGCCAGCUUCAUCUCUCCCUACAGCAGGGAUCGCCUCAAUGCCAGGAAGAUCCAUGAGGCAGCAGGGCUGCCUUUCUUUGAAGUGUUUGUGGACGCUCCACUGGAUGUCUGUGAGCAGAGGGACGUGAAGGGGCUGUACAAGAGAGCCAGAGCGGGGGAGAUAAGAGGUUUCACUGGAAUUGACUCCGAGUACGAGAAGCCAGAGGCCCCAGAGCUGGUGCUAAAGACCGACUCCUGCAGUGUGAAUGAGUGCAUACAGCAGCUCAUUGACCUGCUUCAAGAGAGGGAUAUAGUUCCUGUUGAUGCGUCUUAUGAAGUGAAAGAGCUGUACGUUCAGGAGAAUAAACUGGACCUGGCUAAGGCUGAUGCAGAGACUCUGCCUGCUGUACAGAUUGGAAAGGUGGACAUGCAGUGGGUGCAGGUGCUGGCUGAAGGCUGGGCCACUCCUCUGAAUGGCUUUAUGAGAGAGAGAGAGUAUUUGCAGUGUCUUCAUUUUGACUGCCUGCUGGAUGGUGGCGUCAUCAACCUGUCCGUGCCUGUGGUGCUGCCGGUCUCUACUGCAGAUAAAGAGCGUUUAGAUGGCGUGACAGCUAUGGCCUUGGUCUACGAGGGCAGACGAGUGGCCAUCCUUCGCAACCCCGAGUUUUAUGAACACCGCAAAGAAGAGCGAUGUGCUCGCCAGUGGGGCACCACCUGCAAAGACCACCCUACAUCAAGGUGUUAUAUUUGGAUGCUGAGUCUUACUCAGCCUCCACCAAAUGCGUUUGAGAUCAUGGUGAUGGAAAGUGGGGACUGGCUGGUUGGGGGAGACCUGCAGGUUCUGGACAGGAUCUACUGGAACGACGAACUCGAUCAGUACCGACUGACACCCACUGAGCUCAAACAGAAGUUUAAAGAAAUGAAUGCAGAUGCUGUAUUUGCCUUUCAGCUUCGCAACCCAGUCCACAACGGCCAUGCUCUUCUGAUGCAGGAUACCCACAAGCGCCUCAUCGAGCGAGGCUACCGCCGGCCUGUUCUGCUGCUCCACCCACUGGGAGGUUGGACCAAGGACGAUGAUGUGCCGCUGCCCUGGCGAAUGAAGCAGCAUGCCGCUGUGCUGGAGGAGGGCGUCCUGAAUCCAGACUCUACCAUCGUGGCUAUUUUUCCUUCACCCAUGAUGUAUGCUGGGCCAACUGAGGUUCAGUGGCAUUGCAGAGCUCGAAUGGUGGCUGGAGCCAAUUUCUACAUUGUGGGCCGUGACCCUGCAGGCAUGCCCCACCCUGACACAGGAAAGGACCUGUACGAGCCCACUCAUGGCGCCAAGGUCCUCACCAUGGCUCCAGGCCUCAUCACUCUGGAGAUUGUACCCUUUAAGGUCGCCGCUUACAACAAGGUCAAAAAAGCAAUGGACUUUUAUGACCCCAAAAAUCAUCAAGAUUACGAUUUCAUCUCAGGCACACGUAUGCGUAAGAUGGCUCGCGAGGGAGAAAAUCCUCCUGGCGGCUUCAUGGCCCCGAAGGCUUGGGCUGUGCUGAAGGAAUACUAUAAGUCACUGGAGAAGGCUUAAAGGCAGAGCCUCAGAUGAAACAAACCUAGAAAACACAGUGAUGUUUAACAGGAUUAAUGUGGGGACCACUCAUCUACUGUCAAAAACCACGCUCUGGCUUCUGUCUGUGUCACUUUCACACUCAAGUCUUUUAAAUGUAUGUACUUUAUUUAACUAAACUCACUCUGAUUGUGAAAUAAAGUAGGUGAGGUCAGUAUACUAAUGAAUUGUUUUUUCAAGAGAACAAACAAAAACUUUCUUUAAAAUAGAUGUUUGUGUUUCUCACUAACUUUAUAACCGUAUAUUCUGAUGAUCGGUUACAAAAGUGUUAAAAAUUCAAAGAUCAAGACUCGUAAUGACCUGUAUGGAAAGUACUGUUGACCAGUACUUUAAUUGGUGGGGUUGAGUGUUGAGUAAUCAUGAUGUCCAAAUUAAAAACUGCACUUGCUAGAGUUUACUAAACUCACUACUGAAAACCACAAAGUUACUUUGUACUGUAUGUUUGCAAGUGGCAAAAUGUGGUGUAUUUGAUGUGAAAGGCGAGUGCCUUGGUCUUCAGAAAUUGAAUUCACAAGUCUUGUUUGAAUUAGGACACACACACACACACACACACACACACACACACACACACACACACACACACACACACACACACACACACACACACACACACACAUAUUAAAGGAGACCUAUUAUACUUUUCUAUAUUUUCUUUCGUAUCUAUAAUGUUACAGUGCUGGGAUGUUCACAUUAAACGUGGCCAAAGCGGAGGUAAACCUAUUUUAAAAGAAAUCCCUUUGAGCCAAAAUCUCUGAUUUCACACUGUUCUGAACACUGGUUUCAACAGUUUUUUCUACUGUUUGUGCAGUGUUUACAUUACAUGCACUGCUACAUGCUAACUUCAGGGAAACCUGUAAUCUUAGUUGUAGAUAUUAUUUUCUCCCCAAUUUUGGACCACAUUACUGCUCGAACAUGUCCAGUUGCGUAGUUUUUGGUUUAGAAGCCCUUAUAUGUGAUUUUUGAUGGUAUAAAUUGCUGCUAUACUCAGUUAACUGCUAACUACAUGUAGCUACAUGCUAACGCCAGGGAAAGCUGUAAUCUUGGCUGCCGAUGUUAAAUCCUCCCUAAUAUUAGAUCACAAGUCUAGUUGUGUAGUAUUUGUCUUAGAAGCCUUUGUUUGUGAUUUUUCACAGUAUAAAGUCCUGCUAUAUACUACAGAGACAGCGAGAGCAGAACACAGAUGCAGAAACCCCGAAACGCUGACCAAUCCGAGCAGACUGGGCUUUUUCGGUAGGGGGACUUAAAGAGACAGGCGCUCCAACAGAGCGUCUUAGACAGAGGGUGAAAACAGGUGCAGCAGCAUGAGGAAAAAUAGUGUGAACAUUAAAGCAUUUAAAUAUGUUCUUGUAGAAACUAAACAUACACUUAUGACCCUGAAAACAGAAUAUAAUAGGUCUCCUUUAAAAAUAUUUUUAAUGGGAUAUGCAACCCUAACCUUUCUAAACCAACCUUCCUAAACUCCCUAAAAAAACUUUUGUCAUAUUUAGUCUAUUUAUUCUGUCCUAACAUUACAACGUUCUAUUUUUAACUGUGUUGUGCAUGUAGUUUUGGUGUUUUAAACUUGUCUCUCAACAGUCCUGAUAUUUUGUUACAUUUUCAUUUGUAUUUUUUUCUGCCAUGGGUUGCUAAUAUUUUCCAUGUGCUAAUUCAUUUUUAAGAGUUGGUCUGUAUAAUCAGAUGGUUGAUGGUUACCAUUAAGGGAUCAGAUUUGUAAUCUUCCUUGUUCAAUAAACCAUUUUUAGCAAAAGAA